CUGGGCGCGUGCGUCAGGGCGGGCGUGGAGGAGAUCCAGGUGCUCACGAGCGCGGGCCACAGCUCCCUGUCCAAGGCGGCGAGCGUCGUCGGCCUGGGGAGGCAGUCCGUGAAGGAGCUGCGGCUGUCUGACGAGGAGCCGUGGCGGCUUGACUUCGCCGCGCUGGAGGAGCACCUGAAGAGGCCCCGCGCGGCGAGCAUCAUUGCCAUCAGUGCGGGCGAGGUGAACACGGGACGGUACGGGACCUAUGGUCUGGAGGAGAUGAAGAGGGUCAGGGCUCUGGCUGACCAGUACGGAGCUUGGAUUCAUGUGGAUGGAGCAUUUGGUAUUUUUGCCCGAGUAUUGGAAGCCAACGACGAAUACAAGCUCUUACAUGAACGAGUGGCUGGUGUGGAGUUGGCCGACAGUAUCACGGUGGACGGUCAUAAGGUCCUGAAUGUGCCGUAUGAUUGCGGCAUGUUCUUCACCCGCUCGCUAUCUACACUCCAGAAUGUCUUCGUGAACCCCAACGCCGCCUAUCUCGCAUCCUCGUCCGCGGCCACGAUCCCGUCCCCCCUGAACAUCGGCCUCGAGAACUCGCGCCGCUUCCGGGCGCUCCCCGCCUACGCCGCCCUCCUCAGCGAAGGCCGCCCCGGCUUCGGCAAGCUCGUGUCCAACAUGGUCCAGCUCUCACGCAGGCUGGCCGCCUUCCUGCGCGACUCGGACGACUACGAGCUGCUACCCAACGCGGACCUGGACGAGGUAUUCAUCAUUGUCCUCUUCCGCGCCAAGAACCCGGAGCUCAACGCCAGACUCGUCGAGGAGAUCAACCAGACCAGGCAGAUGUACGUGAGCGGGACGGCCUGGAAGGGCGACAAGGCCGUGCGGGUCGCCGUGUCGAACUGGAAGGUGGACGUCGAGCGAGACUUCAAGGUCGUCACGGCGAUCCUCACCGCAGUUGCCGAGGGCCGUUCGUUUGAUAUCGCCACCGUCGAGUGA